CAAUUAUUAUUCAUUACAAAUGACUAAUGAGUAAUUUUUCUAUGCAGUACCUAUGCAAUCAUGUCAUUUCAUUUCUUAUAAUAACUGUAUGCAAAUCUUGCUCGCGAUAUUGCAACUCAUUGCAAAAAUUUUCACGAUAUAGGUACCUACUUAAUUCUUCAAUCUGAAAAGAAUAAAUUUUGAUCGAGGUACAUUAUACAAAUACGAAUGAUCAGUUGAUCACUCUGAUCUAGAAAUCGAUUAGAUUAGAAAGAAUGAAUUGACUUUUCAAAAUGCCGAAGAGUGUAUGCUAAAAAAUGAUUUGUAUUCUCACUCUCUUAUUAUUUUUCUUCUCAUUACUUAUUUCAUUUUGUUUUUUCUCCUCAUCUAAAGUAGUAGAUACGAGUACUUAGUUUUUCAGAAGUAAAUAGUUCUCAAAAUUUCUAAUUAAUAAUACGUAUUCUCCUUUCUAGACCAGGAAAUCAGUCUACUCACUACUGUGUAAAAACAAAAUAAGUAAAUUAGCUCAGAAAAUGUUGAUAGUUAACUAAAUAAUAUUCAUCGAAGGAGUUCGUGAAUCUGUUAUGGACGAUAUUCAACGAGUGCAUAUUUUAUUUCACUCUCCUUUUUUUCGCAAUUCUAAAAUUGAAAAUUGAAACUUACAAAAAUAACACACAACACUCACAACAGUGUUAUCACAAUUUCAGUGGGAGGUUACAGAAACGUAAAACACGUUUUCAUUGGUCGGAGUAAAAUCCAAUUUUGCGGCGGCUAACGAUUAGUCGAAAUUCGCGAUGGUGAUAUCACUACUCGGAAACUUCACGUAUGAUCGCUGAAUUUACGUUUCACAAUCGACGAUUUCACUUUUCUACGUGAUGAUUACAUCUUAAUCUGAGUGAAUUUCAAUUCGGUAUUCAUUGUGCACAAACACCAACGAAAUAGUCUUUCUGGAAUUCAUUUUCAAGAAGGAUUACUCGGCGACGAAAACCUUUUCGUCAACCUCUAUUUGGGAAAAGUGCACAUUAUUUUCAUUUAUGGUAACUUAAUGGAAUAACAUUUCAUAAUGGGAACGAGUAACAGUCCUCAUGUUAUGACGCUGGUCAACAGUAUUAUCGGAGUCAGUAUACUUGCCAUGCCGUUUUGUUACAAACAGUGUGGUAUAAUAUUGGCCAGUCUGAUACUGAUAUUAAUCAACUUGAUGACCAGGUUAUCGUGUCAUUAUUUAUUGAAAUCUGCCAUCAUGACGAGAAGGAAAAAUUUCGAAUUCCUGGCCUUCCAUGCAUUUGGCAGAUCGGGAAAAACAGCAAUAGAAUUGUGUAUCAUUUUGUUGAUGAUCGGCACAUGUAUCGCAUUUUUUGUAGUCAUGGGUGAUUUAGGCCCUGCAAUUAUUAGUUCCUUGUUAAAUAUGGAAUUUUCAGCUGCAUUGAGACCUGCAGUUUUAAUAGGUCUAGCUGUUUUCGUGGUAUUACCUUUGGGUAUGCUGAGAAAUGUGGACAGUCUGAGUUUCAUUUGUACACUUUCUUUUUUAUUUUAUUUAAUAUUGGUGCUAAAAGUUUUUGUCGAAUCUAGUGAUAAUUUGUUUUCCAUGUUUUGGGUGGAAGAAGUGAAUUAUUGGAGACCAGCUGGUAUACUUCAGUGUCUGCCAAUAUUCUCAAUGGCUUUAUCUUGUCAAUCACAAUUAUUCGAAGUGUAUGAUUCUGUCACUAACGCUACCCUCGAUCGAAUGAAUUUAAUAAUUAAAUACGCCGUAGAUUUAUGUACAGUUUUGUACAUAGCUGUUGGAAUUUUUGGUUAUAUUGCAUACUACAAAACUUCUAUGACAGGAAAUUUACUGAUGAGUUUUUCGGAGUCAUUAUUCAGCGAAAUAAUCAAAUUAUUGUUCGUACUUUCGGUCGCUGUUACGUUUCCAUUGGUUAUAUUUCCAUGCAGAGCAUCGUUACAUUCGUUACUUUUUAAAAAAGCACACGUUCCUCAUUACGAAUUAGUCACCGGCGGUGGUAAUCAUAUACCAGAAGCGCAAUUCAAGUGUAUCACUUUAUUCAUUAUCACAAUAUCUUUGAUCGUCGGUUUAUUAGCACCGAAUAUUGAAAUUGUCCUCGGUCUGGUCGGAUCGACAAUAGGAGUCGUAAUUUGCCUUCUGUUUCCGCCAUUAUUAUUUAUUCGAAUUUCCACGAAAAAUACGACCGAAAAAAUAUUAGCUCAGAUGAUGUGUAUGAUUGGGUUCUUUAUAAUGGUUAUGGGCACAUAUGCGAAUCUCUAUCUGAGUGACUCUGUCGCCAACAAUGAUGUUCAGAAUUGGAAAGCUGUUGAUCCUUUGCAAGCGUUGGAGACCAAAAUUGACGUUAAUGUGCCAUUAAAUAAUCCAGACGUUUUGAACGUAGUGAAGCCGGAAGCUAUUGAAAUUAAAGAUUUACCGAAACCGCAGCAAGAAGCAAAGAAACCGCUGCCUGAUCUGCCUAAAAAACUUGAACAAAUUCAAAACGAUCCGGCGCCUGUUGUCAAAGAGUCCAAACCAGUUAAAGAGGACAAACGAAUCGAACCACCGAUCCCAUUACCUCCCGAGGUCUUGAAGGAGCCCGAAAAGCAACCGAUCAACAAAGAGAUCAAACCAGAAAAUGAAAAACCACCUGCGCCACCGCCUCCAUCUUCAGAAAUUAAAAAACCCAUCGAAGAAAAACCAGCCCAAAAAGUGAACCCCGAUCCUGUACCGGUUGCUGCUUCUAAUUCGGAACAAAAAAUCAAUUCCGUUGAACAACCCAAAGAACCACCGAAAAAUAUAAAUCAGAAGAAUUCUUUACCUGCACUAAACAAAGAGAACGCCCAACUAAAAGCGGAUAAUUUACUCCCAAAAACAGUGGAAGAGGUUGCAAAACCAGCCAAAGUAAUCGAACCGGUUGUCAAAUCAGAAGCUGAAAAGCCAAAAGAUAUCGAUGUCCAACAACAAGUAUCAGAUUUCGUGAAAACAAAACCACCUCUACCUAUUUUAAUGAACAGCAAUGCUGUUCCCAAAAAAGAAAGCGCCCAAGAAGAUAAAAAACCAGUUCAAAGAGAUAUUCUAGAAAAACCAAAGAGUGCAGUUGAACGAGACAAACGUGAUGUAUAUGCUACAAAUGCGACCUUAAUGAAAGAAAACGCUGCGAUGGUGAAUCUCGUCAAUGAAAUCAAAAAUGAAAACGAAGCAGCUGGAUUUGUCAAAAUAAUCGUUGAUAACGCGAAUCCUAAUGAAGUUUGCGAAAACACUGAAAAACAAUCUGACGCCAGUGUCGAUACAAAACCUAGUCGAGAAACGCAGCCAAAAUUACAACUGGAUAAAGAUAUUGUAGUAGAGAAAUCUGAACAGAUGAAAGAAAAUCUGAUUAUGGCUCCUUCGAAGCUCUCUGAUCCUGUAUUAGUUCUCGAACAGAAAUUAACUAAUGAUGAGCUGAAAGCUAAUGCUGCAAAUGAUAUUGAUCAAGUGAAGCCGAUGUUACGUGAACUGAAAGUUGUCGAAGUCAAAGAACCUGAUAACAAUAGGAAGAAAUGAGUUCAGAAAGGUGUAAUCGUCACCUUGUUUACCAGUUUUUAUUAAAUUUUCACUAUCUUCCCUUAUUAUUGGACUAUUUCGAGCUGAAGAAGUGUGAAGUUGAGCUGCAAAGAAGUGUUAGCUAUGUGAUGAUCGAUUACGUUUAAUUGUGUAAAUAACGUUACGUGUGUUAGUUUUUUUUUUAAUUUUUUUGUUUUUCUAUAUUUUACCUAUCCGAGAGAUUCCAAAAAUGACCACUUUAUUGUGAUUUUAUAAACAUAAAACGUAUCAUUUGCGAGGUACCUUACCUACUACCUAAUCUAUAUCGAAUGAAAUUCCAUUUCGAUUAAUUUUUUUUCUAUAUUUUUAUAUUGUUUAUAAAAUAAUUUUCCGGCUGUUUGGUUCGUCAAUGUGAUAAAGCUGAGAAGAUCGAGUUUAACUGAAGGCAGUAUUAUUAAAAGCAUUUAGACUUCGAUUCUAUUCCAAACUAUGAUUAAGGAAGUUAGAGGGUAAAAACUUUCAGCAGCAUUUAAAUCUAAUAAUUUCAUAUCUUGUAAAUAAUUUAACAAUAUUUUUGUACAUCAUCGAGAGCGUUAUGCCAUAAUAAUGUAGAUAAUUUUAAAAUAAUCUAAGUUUUGUUUUUCUUUUCUCCUUUUCUCGAUAAUUUCGUUAUGUGUGAUCUCAAUAAAUUUUUUUCAUGUUA